UGGCUCCGGGGCGCCAUGAAGCGGCAGAACGUGCGGACCCUGUCGCUGAUCGUCUGCACGUUCACUUACCUGCUGGUCGGUGCCGCCGUGUUCGACGCACUCGAGUCCGACUUCGAGAUGCGCGAGAAGGAGCAGCUGCAGGCCGAGGAGAAGCGCCUGCAGGGCAAGUACAACAUCAGCGAGGAGGACUACCGCAAACUCGAGACCAUCAUCAUGGAGGCUGAGCCACACCGGGCCGGGGUGCAGUGGAAAUUCGCCGGCUCCUUUUACUUCGCCAUCACGGUCAUCACCACCAUCGGUUACGGCCAUGCAGCUCCAGGCACGGAUGCUGGAAAAGCCUUCUGCAUGUUCUACGCGGUGCUGGGCAUCCCUCUGACCCUGGUGAUGUUCCAGAGUCUGGGCGAGCGCAUGAACACGUUCGUGAAGUAUCUGCUGAAGCGGAUCAAGAAGUGCUGCGGCAUGCGCAUCACCGAGGUGUCCAUGGAGAACAUGGUGACGGUGGGCUUCUUCUCGUGCAUGGGCACGCUGUGCAUCGGCGCGGCGGCCUUCUCGCACUACGAGGACUGGAGCUUCUUCCAGUCCUACUACUACUGCUUCAUCACGCUCACCACCAUCGGCUUCGGAGACUUCGUGGCUCUGCAGAAGAACCGAGCGCUGCAGAGGAAGCCCCUGUACGUGGCCUUCAGCUUCAUGUACAUCCUGGUGGGCCUGACGGUCAUCGGCGCCUUCCUCAACCUGGUGGUGCUGCGCUUCCUGACCAUGAACAGCGAAGACGAGCGGCGGGACGCCGAGGAACGGGCCUCGCUGGCGGGGAACCGGAGCAGCGUGAUCGUCCACAUCCAGGAGGACGCCAUGCCCGGACGGAUUUCCAGACGGAGGCGCGAUAUUAAGUCGGACGUGGCCGAUUUGCAGUCCGUGUGCUCCUGCAUGCACUACCACUCGCACGAUUUCGGCAGCUCGGCCAUGCUGGCGGGCGAGGGAGGAGGACGCGCAGGGUUAGGGUUGGGAGGGAGGCCUUUUGCACACCAGAACUCCUUACUAUGCCAGCCGAGGUACUUCCACUCGCCGGUCACGUACCGCAUCGAGGAGAUCUCGCCCAGCGCCCUGAAGAACAGCUUCCUGCCCUCGCCCAUCAGCUCGGUGUCGCCAGGCUUGCACAGCUUCACGGACAAUUCACGCCUGAUGAGGCGACGCAAGUCCGUCUGA